AUGGCAGGAGGAUAUACCUGUUCUCAGUGCCUCCAGGUGCUUCGGCAAGGUGUCCGCACAGCUGGACACUCCGGUCGUUUACAGAGUCUCUCGCAUUCCCGCCGACGAGGCACCAUCUCCCCAUCAUGGACUCGCAGCUUCGGCUCCGAACGUAACAGCAACAGCCCGCGCAUUCUAGGCGUGAAAGCUCCCACCGACCAGGGGAAUGGCGUCUCUGCCAAAUCCAAUCAAACGGCCAUCAAGUCCUCCUCCUCCCCAGCCGCACCCAAAUCCUUCUCUCAGCGCGCAGCCUCCACAUCUGUCGACUCGCGAGCCCUCCUGAAACCCGAUAACCUCUUCCACUCGUUCACCAACUCGCCUUCACCUGCAAUUCGCCAACGCGCCGCGUUCAUCAAGCAGAACGCCUUUUGCCCACACCCCAGUCACCAACAGACUCGCGUGCCUUCCUCCCCUUAUGACCCGGAAGCUCGCAAGACCUCCCCUACGGACGAAUCGAGUCAGCCUCCUGCUCAUUCGCAUUUCGAAUGUCCCGACUGCGGCGUCCCGAUCUACUGUUCCGAGGGCCACUGGAUGGAUGAUUUUGAGGCUCAUCUGGAGGUGUGCGAGACUAUUCGGCAGAUCAAUGAGGAUGAUCACGAUCUGCACUCGGGCCGGUUCUUCCCUGAGUUUUUGUACCCGGGAGUGCAGGACGAUAACUACGUGAUCAAUAUGACCAAUUGGGAUACGUACAUGUAUACGCGGGAGUUUGAGGCGAUCAAUUCGGACCGGUCGAUGCGUCAGGUCACUCGCAUGCUGACGUACCCGCAAACCAUUGCGAGUGUCUUGCAUGAGUUGAGUCCGUAUAGUGUUCGGGGCAAGAACCGAUUGACAGCCGAGGGGUUGAAGAGUAUGAGCGAAUCUUUAUCCUGGGAGCGCGCGCCGAGUCCUCGCUUCCUCGCGAUGUCUGGUUGCAGCUCUCGUACAUCUUCCCGCGCGCGUGCCCUGCUGCACCUUGUCUUCAUCGGACCUGAAGCAAUGGCCAACCGCGAUGCCGAGUUCCCUCUUCCCGAGCGGACCCCUUCCAAUCCCUUCGGCGGGAUCGUUGAGGACCGUCUCGGUGGUCAGAUGAAGAUCACCACCUACGUGGAUUACUUCCACACCAUGUACGAGGCGCAGUACUUCCAGCCGUUUGACCCGUACUUGGACUGCUUCAUGCUGUUCCACCCGGGACUCGGCCACCCGGCUUCUUCCCACGAGUGGGCGCGCACUCUGCCCCAGCUGCUGGAAACCAAGGUGCCGAUUCUGUGCACGGGUUAUACCCAGUGGGACAUGGAGCGAGAUAUCAACUGGGUCCAUGAGAAGUGUGCCGGUGAAUUCGACAUGUUGUUGGAACCGGGUGAGAAUAUCUUCCGCAGUCUGCGGUGGGAUUUGAAUGAUAUGGAUCCUCAUGAUGUGACUUGUGGUAAUUGGGGAGUUUGGGGAUUCCGUGGAAAGAGGUAA